UUCUACAUCCAGGCGGUCAGCACGGCCGGACGCAACUUCUCCCGCUCCCCGCCAGGAAGAACAGAGUUUAAAGUGGUAAUUAAAGCACUUUCUCCAAAAGAAGUCACCAGAAUUUACACGCCUCGGCCUUUGGAUAGAAAUGAUGGCACAUUUCUAAUGCGGUAUCGAAUGUAUGGGAGUGUCAGAAAAGGGUUAAAAAUUGACAUACUUUAUGGUGAUCAGCAUGUAGCACAAUCUCCUUAUAUUUUAAAAGGACCAGUUUAUCAUGAAUAUUGUGACUGUCCUGAAGAGGACCCUGAGAUCUGGCAGAAUGUUAUGUCUUGUCCAUCCCAAGAACCUCGGAUUACAAAGGACUUCACUUCUUUCCCCACCAUUGACCUUCAGCGAAUGCUUAAGGAAAUCCCAGCAAAGUUCAGUCAGACAAGAGGUGCUAUUGUUCAUUACACUAUUCUCAAUAAUCGCAUCUACCGUCGCUCCUUAGGGAAGUAUACAGACUUCAAAAUGUUCUCCGAUGAAAUGCUCCUGUCACUGGCAAGAAAGGUUCACCUUCCUGAUGUGGAGUUCUAUCUUAAUGUUGGAGAUUGGCCAGUUGAGUAUCGGAAAGCUAAUGAUACACCUGGUCCUAUACCUGUCAUUUCAUGGUGUGGCUCUUUGGAUUCAAGAGACAUAGUCCUUCCAACGUAUGAUGUAACCCACUCGACUCUAGAAACCCUACGUGGAGUCACAAAUGAUCUCCUUUCUAUUCAAGGAAAUACAGGCCCAUUCUGGGAAAACAAAACUGAACGAGCUUUAUUCAGAGGUCGAGACAGCCGAGAAGAACGUCUCCAUCUUGUCAAGUUAUCCAAGGAAAAUCCAGAACUACUAGAUGCUGGAAUAACAGGAUAUUUCUUCUUCAGAGAAAAAGAAAAAGAGCUGGGAAAGGUUCCACUGAUGGGCUUCUUUGACUUCUUUAAGUACAAAUACCAAGUGAAUGUAGAUGGGACUGUAGCAGCUUACAGGUUUCCAUACCUCUUGCUGGGUGACAGUCUAGUAUUGAAGCAAGAUUCCCAGUACUAUGAACACUUUUAUAUUGGAUUGAAACCUUGGAAACAUUAUGUUCCUGUCAAGAGAAACUUAGAGGACUUGCUGGAGAAAAUAAAAUGGGCUAAGGAAAAUGAUGAAGAAGCAAGAGAAAUUGCUAAAGAAGGACAGUUAAUAGCAAGAGAAUUACUUCAGCCUCACAGGCUUUACUGCUACUAUUACAAAGUGCUCGAGAAGUAUGCCAAACGCCAAGCCAGCAAACCGGAAAUACGGGAUGGAAUGGAACUUGUACCUCAGCCUGAUGACAGAGACUCAGUAUGCAGUUGCCACAGGAAAAAGCCUUUAAGGGAAGAUCUGUAACUGUACCGGAUGGAGAAAAUCACCCACUUACAAUGCAAGAAUUCAAAUAGGAAUUAAGCUGUGAAAUCUUAAGACGAUUAUGCACUAGCAAACAUUCUUACUCACUUAUUCUUCUUGUCUUGACAUACCCUUUUUCACACUGACUCUGAUCUACAAGGUUGGUUCCCAGAAUUUUGUAACCUUGACCUCCACCAGACAGAUACUGAGCCUGUAAUGGGGAGCAUCUAGGGCGUUUGUUUGAUGUACUGCAGCAUCAGGAAGAAGAGCGCAGUGCUGCCUGUGUACUAGCUGGGACCUAGUUACCAAAGUUUUAUGAAGAACCAGUCAUCCACAAAAGAUCUUCCAUGAGUCAGUGCAGGUUAUUCUAAAGGAGCAUUUGCAACAUACUAUAACAGUGUUAUGAUUUCUUCAUAAAGUUUACCUCAGUGUUAGAUUGUUUCUUGUAUACAAAACAGUUUUCUAACUAGACAAAGAAAGUAUUUGAGAUUCACAGAUAUCA